GGUACACCGGGGCAAGUUGAAACGGGUGUAGUAAGAUGAAACAGCGUGUAAACAUGAUGUUAUAUAAUCUACAAAAAUAAUUUAAAUUUGAUAACACAUUGUAUUUUAACCAAACAACUUUUGGUAUAGGGUAAAUGGACCAAUAGUGGUGCUAUUAGUAACUCCUUGUAGUAAAAUAAUUGAAUAAAAUUGAUAAUACCACAAAAUAAAAAGUCUGAAAACGUUAAUCGGUUUUUACUUAAAUUUGCUAGGAAAAACCAUUGUUUAUUUCAGUUUUUGCUAGUAAAUCACUUGCACCAACUAUAGGUACACGGUUCCUAUUAUGGAGGUAAAAUUAAAAAUUGGUUCCUAUAGUGGCGCAUCCCGUUGAAUUCUUAUGGGACCCACCACUAUAGGAACACUACCACCACUAUAGGUGCAAAAGAGCAAAAAAAUAAGGAAAAUAAUUGUUUAAGAUAGGUUUUUCGGCAAAUCCUGAAUACAAAACCGAAUUAAUAUUAUGAAUUAGGUAUGAUGCAUCUAUUAAAAAUGUCAUUUGCAAGCUUUAUGGUCGAAAUAGUGCUAAAUUGCCACUACCACCACUAUUGGUACUACCUCCACUAAGGGAGCUUUUACCCUAGAAAAUCUUUACAAAUUAUUUUGAAAACUAUUGAAAAAUUUCUCGUCUUAUCUUGCCCCACCCAUUUCAACUUACCCCGGUUUACCUUAUCUAAUAUGGCUUCAGAUAUUGUCGGUAGUGUUGUAUUUGUCGGCCAAAUUGCCUGAAACCUUAUACUAUACAAUUAACUUUAAAUGGUAAUAUUUUUACGUCGAUUCUGAGUUCAGCAGGUUUUAAAAACAUCACAUUACGAAGAGAAUAAUGCUGAAAAAAAAACAACUAAAAACUUCUAUUGAGCAAACCGUGCUCUAUCGGACAUCAAUGGAUGCGUAUGUGGUUAUUCUACAUAGUUGGAACUUCACCCAGGCUUUCAAUCCUCUAAGUUGACCCUUUCGUAAUUGAGUACAAAAAAACAUUCAUAUUUAUAGACCAUCAUCACGCUUCCAAAAAAUGUAUGCAAUAAAGCGUUACUUUAAAAAGCGGAGAAAAAGACGUGCAUGGUAUCAUUUCUAGGUCAUCCACCGCUUCAAUUACAUAUUGUUUUCCAAACAGUUUCCAGUGCUGGCUCAAUGAGUGUUUCAACUUUUUUGUACAUUGCCGCUAUCGUGGCAUCAGCAACGGCUGUGUAUUAUCCACCAUCAGUUCCAACAAAUGUUGAGGAGUCACAUUUUGCCUACCAGCUGAAGAGUUUCCGGCAAGAAUUGGACGAAUGUGCUGAAUAUCUGCAAGUCACACCAGGAUCCGUGGACAACCUUGCGGCCAAUAAUUAUGUUACGGAGGAUCCUACUUUGAAGUGUUUGAUUCGGUGUGUUGGUAUCAAUGCGGGAUGGUGGACUGUUGGAGGAAACAAUUCCGGACUGCAUGGGCCUGUUAUUGAAAGCUACUUUGCGCCGGGUUGUGCCGAUACUUGUUAUGCAAAACGUACUCAGGAUUGUGUCGCUUCUAAAGUAACCCCAUGCCAAGAUGAUUGCACAAAUGCCUAUCAAGCAUUCUUGUGCUACUACCACCAAUAUGGCAAUCUUAAAAGUUCCGAAGAGUACCUCCCAGUACCACAGCUGGAUGCCGUUCAAGCUGCUGUCGAUUGCAUGCUUCUUUUGCGAACACCCAAGGAAUUGCUUGAACAAUAUGUUCAGGGAGUGUUUCCAGAAGUUCCUGAAACUCAGUGCCUGUAUCGAUGCCAAUAUUUGGCCGAAGGACUUUAUGAUGGAGUUACACUGAAUCUGACCCGUGUCUACAUUCGCAACUAUAAGACUCCAGCACCUCAGAUAAAGAGUCCAGAAAUCCAAUCAUGUGUAGAUUCCAGGCUGCGUGAAAAUUGCAACGAAUGUGCCCGUGUCUUUCAGGUUUCUAAAUGUCCGGACAAGUAUGCUGAUCCUGACUUCUCAGCCAAAAUCUUCAGGGUUGCUGCAGGGCUUGUUCUUGCACAGAGAACAUGCCUUGAUGAAGAUUUGAAGCCACGUUACAAUGCUGGAAGCGCGAGAUAAGUCUAGAUACCUUAACCAUUCAUAUUUGGCAGUGUUUAAAAUUAUGAGUAUGUAGUCUAUAUUUUACUUUUAAAUGGUUUUAUAUAAUGUGCUAUCCAUAAAAAUAAUAAAUUAUUGUUUAUUACACUUAAAUAAUGAACGAAUUCGAGAGAACCACUUUUUAAAGAAAAAUCGUACUGAAAUUGAAAUACCUCAGAAGAAAUGAUUUCCUUCAUAUUUAUAAUACUUUUUACAUAUCGUCGGUUUCCUGCAAUAGUGGCACAACUCAAAAAAUGUGAAUUUUCAGAAUGAGCGUUUGAAAAUUGGCAAUCUUGUAGCACCUCCUGCAAAUACACUUAUUUCUCUCACCAUUUGACAAAAGUAAACGAAUUUUGAUUGUUGUAUCAUGGAGAUGGACUGAAGGACUAUCUGUUUCAUGAAUUUUGGAUUACUAUUUUUCAUUGACUAUUGAAAAAGUUGACUGAUUUUGAGUUGUGCCUUUAUUGCGGAAAAUUGGUAAAAUUGCAAAAAUCUCGCGUUUCUCAACGAAUUUCGGUACUGGUCUUUGUGAGAUGAAAGUUUGCAUAGUUUUUCAUCAUUUGCUAUCAAAAUCUCAAAAAUGACAAAUUUUGAGUUGUGCCCCUAUUGUAGGAAACCGACGAUAUAAUAUCACACAUGUUUGUCAAAGACGUCAUAUUCACAAAGUCAUGAUCAUGAUUCUAUGGUAAAUAAACACCGUAUUUUGUAAACUGAACAAAGCGUCUCAAAUACAAAAUACUGUAAACCACUAAAUACAAAACUUUUUUCAUCGUUUAAAAAUAAAUGCGAGAUCUUUCGAAUGGCAUCAAUAACCAUCUAAAGUACAGUCCCGAUUCGUUCGUUGGCGGCUCGUUAGAUGGGCCGCCUCGAUGGUUGGAUGUUCGCUGGUUGGGGCAAAACCCAACUAAAAAGCACUGUCAAUGUCAAAAUCGAUGUCAAAACGAGUUUGACGUCUGACCGUCGUCGCAUCGCUGCUCUUGUUUUCAGACUGUUUGCGCAAGUAUGUCAGUGUUUCAUGACGUAUUUCUCGUCACAUGUGUGUGUCUAGAGCAUUUUAAUCAGUUGUCAGUUGCCCCAACGAACGAACAAGAUUCGCUAAUCGGGGUGCAGUCGUGACCCAACGAGCGAAUCCUCACUGUAUCGAAAAUAAGUAACUUUUAGAAGAAAAUCAUGAAUAUCUUUUCAAAUUGGGAAUAUAGAACUGUGCGGCCUAAAAAAACAUUAUUGAGAAAUAUAAGGAAAUUUUCCAGAAGACACCAUACAGCUUAAGUUAAUCGUUUUUACGAAAUAAUUUUGUCCUACUAGAUACGGUGGAUGUUUGUAAAAUAAAAAAAAACACCUAGUUUAAAACAACUUUGUCAAAAAAAAUCUUCUAUUUCUUAUAAUUGGAUAGUUACUAUAUUUUAAAGCGAACUGUUAGAGUGACACACGACAAAAGGGAUAUCUUUUAAUAACUUCAACAAGCAUAGGGGAGACUGGGGAGACUUGAUCCCUUUUUCAAAAUUUACCUGAAACUUUAAGAAAAAACACAAAACUAGAUCCGAUUUCCGUACAAAAUGGCAGGUAAAUAUCUAUUGCAAGUUAAUACACAACAGAAGGCCUUUAAAUUAUUGUCAAAGUUUUUAAAAUUGUAUUUUUAUGGAGGCAUGUAUUUUUCAAAAAUGGGUGACACUUGAUCCCCCUUUGAGCACAUGGUUUAUUUAAAGGGAAAAUAAUUCCAGAGUCUUCCUAUUCAUUUUCUUUUCGAGUUCUCUUGUAUUUUUGAUGAAUAUGGAGUGUUUGAAAUUGUAAGAUUUCCUCUAUUUUUAAGGAUAUGCCGUAUUUUCAAAAUGGGGAGACUUGAUCCCCCUUUUCUUGGUUUGUACUAAAGUUAUAAUUAUCUGACACAUUUUAUCAUUGAAUAGACUACAAUUCCAAGUAAAUAGAGGCUUCCGAAUAGAAUUUUAUUUUUCACAUGUAUAAUGUGUGUGUAAUCCUCGAGGGAUCAAGUCUCCCCAUGUCACUGUUGUGUAUACUAAGCUGAACUAAUUAAAAUAUGUUAACAACAGCCUUAUUAGGAUAAAUAAGUUUGAAAGUAUUUUAUUUAAACUAUGUGCUGUGAAAUUUUGACACGAUUUGGUUCAAUUUUCACAAUGUUAUUGAGAUUUUUCGGAAUCGCCUAAAAGAUUUCUGAAGGACUGAAAACAAACCAUCAGCCAUUAAAAAAUAAUGCAAUGUACAAUCGAAAUCACUUGUAGCCAAAACAUAGUCAUUUGUCCAGGAAUAGUUUUGGAAAAAUUAUGCUAGAAGAAAAAUGUUUUUGAUUCCGAGCAAAUAUGGGGGGAACAAGUCUCCCCAGGGAUCAAGUCUCCUCAGUCUCCCCUAAAUAUUAAACAUUCUUUAAUCCUAAGACAUCAAGCUUCCAUAUCCUAUUUUUAUGCUAUUAGCACAAUUCAAACAAUUUCAAUUCCAUUUUCCAUAAAAAAAUAACUGAAAAUGUUGCAAAUUUGAUUUUAUGCAUAGGAAAACAAUCUUAACUUUGAACAUUAAGGAUGAUACGAUAUGCAUGAUAAAUAAAGCCUGCGCACUUUAGAUUCGGUACAUUUUCAACCGACUGCAGAUCAAAAAUGGUUUAACCUAGAAAACAUAUUGUAAGAAGCAAAUGAAGCUUAUUUAUUGUAUUUUGUAGGAAAAAUAUGAAAAAUUCAUCUUGUACCGACUUUUCGAACCCUCUAAGCAGAAUACCCUCUUUGAAUGAGUGUAAUCAGUUUCGUACCUUUUAAUACCGCCCUAUGUUGCUUAUCCUUUGACAGAUACGCGUAUUUCGACUACCACUUGUAAUCUUCCUCAGUGUCAGUUA